AUAUAUAAUAAAUAAAUAAUUAUAAUAAUAAAAACAUUGACAAAAAUUUGAAAGUUUGCCAAAAAAAAUGUCAAACACAUCAGCAGAUGUUUUAUUUAAACUUGACCCUUCACAUACUUAUUCUAGGUCAAUUAUAGCUGGAAGUUUACAUCAUGUUGUCAAUAAAGGUCCACCUUAAUCAUUUUAACAAAUAUUAGUUAUUUUCCAGUCAUUAGAAAUAUAAAAAGAAUUCAAAAGCAUCACAUUGAAAUAAACACUUGAUGUAAGUUGUGAAUUAUCUUGCCUACAAAUGUCUUUAGAAUCAAUUGUAUUUUAUGUGUCAUAUUUAACAUAACAUUUUUGUUUUUUUAUUAUUCAACAUUAUAUAUCCAGCAGCCACUUCAAUACAAAUACAUCUUUCAUGAAACUUAUACAUUUGUAAAGAUUCACCAAAUUUGUCCCAACAUGGAAAAACAGUCUGUUACUGCAAUCAUUUUAUAUUAUGUCACAUUUUAACAUAUUUACAUUGGAGUGUUUUUGGUCAUAGGUACAUUUGGAAGCAUGCAAUGAAAUUGAUUCCACUGCAGCUGUAUGUUUAGUUUUUGUUGUCUGGUUGAAUGUUUUGUUAUGAAUUGAUUCACAUUUCAGAGGAAUCUGAGCCCACUCGGGGGCUCGAGUUAUAACAGCGACUUCUCCUGUGAGGAAAAAGGUCAUAAAAUUAAAUAAAAAUCACAAGUAGAGGAAAGAUUUAUCCCAUUUUGAUGAGAACAGAUCAUUAAAAGCAGUUGAAGGGUAAGAGGUCAAUGACUUUUAGGCCAGAACAUAUUCAUGCUUGAUUCAAUUUGAGUUUGUUAAAUCAAAUUAUUUGAGGUGUUUUUGUUCGAAAUCUAAUAAAUCACAAUGUUUCCAAGCUCUAAGACAUUUACAUGAGAUCUUUGUCCUAUUACAACACAACUGUCACAUGACAUUUUAUAUUUGCAAGUUGAAGGUGAACUGACCAUAGUCCUGUUUUUGUUUGUUUGCAGUUUGUACGAGGCUGACGCAGCAGAAUCAAGAUGGCCGACAGCCCUCCAGUCACACCCAGACACACAGGAAGCAACGCUGUCGAGCAACAUCAGACGUCGCUCUGUGUUCAGACGAUGACUGGGUUUCCAAGUGCCCCUCUGGCUGCAGACUCCAGGCUUUGAUCUCGCAGAGGGAGCGCAAGGUGGAGAGCAAACUGAGGACGGUGUGUAAGGCGGCAAACAUGUACGAUGAAGCGGCUGAGAAGUCCAUGACGGAGAUGACACGCAUCUAUGGCUACAACCGGAGAGUCAUCAUCACUGGACAAAUGUCGGAGCUGAAGUUCGUGGAACACGCAGAAGGACUGGCCAGGAACCUCACGUCGCUACGGAAACGGUCGUCCCGGCUGUCGAUGCAACUCGAGGAGCUUCGAGCCGACGUCCAGAAACAGAUGGAGGACUUGUAUCGGACAGAGGUGGACGUUGACAUAAAGCUGCGAGCGUGCUAUGGGUCCUGCCGGUUGGCAUCACCGUUCAGUGUCGAUCAUCUCGGCUAUCAAGCACUUCGAGCCGACACGGAGCAGAUGGACAAGAAGGCCGCGACGCCUCCUGAAGACAUCCCACGUGUGAAGCUGCAGCCCGUGGAUGUCGGCCCGGCACCGGCCGCAGUGUACAAGACCAUCCCGACGGUCCAGAGAGAACUGUUGACCGAGUUGGAGGACGUCGGACAGAACCGGGUCGUACUGGAGGAGCUCGAUCCUGCGGAGCUGGAAUGAAAGGGCUCGACGGAGGCAGGUGUGACUGGUCACAGAGAACGGGUGUUUCAGCACUUUGUCACUUGGUUCUGAAUGGGUCCGUUCAAGGGUGUUUCUGCAACUACGCUCACUUUUGACUCUGAAAAAUCAACCUCCAUGAAUUACAUUUUUUUUAACCAUUACCAUACCAUUUCAAAAUGACAUCAAGUGGUUAAGAUUUGAAUCUCUAACAUGUGUAUUUUGGGGUUUUUUAUCACUUGUUCCUACUAGGGAUGCACCGAUCCAACUUUUUCAGUCCCGUUACCAAGUACCGAUCCGAUACCAGUGUUUAAUUAAUCAGCUGUAUGCCUCA